CUUGCUGCUGUUGCCGCUCGCGUGUCUCCGGCUCCCGGUCCGGCUGCAGCUGUAGCCACCAGGGAUCUCGCCGCCCCCUCCUCCUGUGUUUUCCCGGACCCGUGCCAAGCCCGCUUCGCCAUGGAAGAUUAUCAUAAACCCGACCAGCAGAAGCUGCAGGCCCUGAAGGACAUGACCAAUCGACUGAGAAUCCACUCUAUCCAGGCCACCACGGCUGCGGGCUCCGGUCACCCAACAUCAUGUUGCAGUGCUGCAGAGAUCAUGUCUGUGCUUUUUUUCCACACCAUGAAAUACAAACCCCAAGACCCAAGAAAUCCAAAUAAUGACCGGUUUGUGCUCUCCAAGGGUCAUGCAGCUCCAAUUCUGUAUGCUGCUUGGGCUGAGGCAGGUUUCCUUCCAGAAGCUGAACUGUUAAACUUGAGGAAAAUCAGCUCCAUUUUGGAUGGCCAUCCUGUUCCAAAACAAGCCUUUACUGAUGUGGCCACAGGCUCUCUUGGACAGGGACUUGGUGCUGCAUGUGGUAUGGCCUAUACUGGCAAAUACUUCGACAAAGCAAGCUACCGUGUCUACUGCCUUCUCGGUGAUGGGGAACUUUCUGAAGGUUCAGUGUGGGAAGCCAUGGCCUUUGCUGGAAUCUACAAGUUAGAUAACCUGGUUGCUAUCCUGGAUAUUAACCGUCUUGGACAAAGCAAUCCUACCCCACUGCAGCACCAGGUGGAAGUCUACCAGAAACGCUGUGAAGCUUUUGGUUGGCACGCAAUUAUAGUUGAUGGUCACAGCGUGGAGGAACUGUGCAAGGCCUUUGGCCAAGCCAAACAUCAGCCAACUGCAGUUAUUGCCAAGACUUUUAAAGGUCGUGGAAUAGCAGGUGUUGAAGAUAAGGAAGCCUGGCAUGGAAAACCCCUUCCUAAAAACAUGGCUGAGCAAAUUGUUCAGGAAAUUAACACCAAAAUCCAGAGCAAGAAAAAGAUUCUUGCUGCUCUGCCAGAAGAGGAUGCACCUGUGGUUAAUAUUAAAAACAUUCGAAUGUCAUCUCCCCCAAAUUACAAAGCUGGAGAUAAGGUGGCCACCCGCAAGGCCUAUGGAGUGGCUCUGGCCAAGUUGGGGCAUGCCAAUGACCGCGUGAUUGCUCUGGAUGGAGACACAAAGAAUUCCACCUUCUCUGAACUCUUCAAGAAGGAGCACCCUAACCGUUUCAUCGAGUGUUACAUAGCUGAACAAAACAUGGUGAGCAUUGCGGUUGGGUGUGCCACACGGGACAGGACUGUGCCUUUCUGCAGCACUUUUGCUGCUUUUUACACCCGGGCAUUUGACCAGAUCCGCAUGGCAGCCAUCUCAGAGAGUAACAUCAACCUUUGUGGUUCUCACUGUGGUGUGUCUAUUGGUGAGGAUGGGCCAUCCCAGAUGGCCCUGGAAGAUCUGUCUAUGUUCCGAUCUAUUCCAAAUUCAACUGUCUUUUAUCCAAGUGAUGCAGUUUCUGCUGAGAAAGCAGUGGAAUUAGCUGCCAACACAAAGGGCAUUUGUUUCAUAAGGACCAGCCGCCCUGAAAAUGCCGUCAUUUAUAACAGCAAUGACGAUUUCCAGAUUGGACAAGCCAAGGUGGUUUUGAAGACCAAGGAUGACCAGGUGACUGUGAUUGGUGCAGGAGUGACUCUCCAUGAAGCACUGGCAGCUGCUGACCAGCUGAAAAAAGAGAAAAUCAACAUUCGAGUGAUUGAUCCCUUCACCAUCAAACCCCUGGAUAAGAAACUCAUCCUCGAUAGUGCAAAAGCAACCAAAGGCAGGAUCCUCACUGUGGAGGACCAUUAUUAUGAGGGAGGCAUUGGAGAAGCCGUGUCUGCUGCUGUGGUCGGAGAGCCGGGCAUUACCCUCACCCGGCUGGCUGUAGCCCACAUACCAAGAAGUGGGAAACCCGUUGAGCUACUUAAAAUGUUUGGGAUUGAUAAAGAUGCUAUUGUGCAAGCUGUCAAGGAGGCCCUGUCCAAGGCCUAGAGUAUUUUCAGAGGUCCUUGCUUGCAGGAGAGGUGGAGGUGGCAGGAAAGGGAGACAUAUUCCUUUAACUUUCCAACAAAGAUGCUUCAAGUAUAUAUAGAGAGCGAGAAAACUAAUAAAAAUAGUGUUUUGAGAAC